UCCACAUAAGAAGAGGAGAGAAAAAGGCAUGACGGCUAGACCUAGAUCGCACUCCCCAUCCCCAUCCCGCCGCCGCCGCCGCCGCUCAUCCAACAACGCCAGCUUCAAUUAGUCCGACGGAAUAAGUUCUGUUGCAGGAGUUGGGAGAAUCAAAAUGAAGGCGCGGCAGUUCUUGAAUGUGGUGAUGCAGAGGUCUGGCAGUGGCAGCUUGUACACGGUGAGCCGCAUCAAGGCCGGGGAGCAACUCUUCUACCGGUCCACGGCGGAAGCACGGGCGGCGGCAGCAGCAGCGCAACCCAAGGAGGGGAAUACGACGCUGCCAUCAUCAGCCGUGGCGCCACCAUGGACGGAGAACAUCUCGCGGAUGCCUCCGCCCAGGCUCAGAUUGGAAGCAUACCGCUUAGACGGCCCAAGGCUCGAUUUUUUGCCCUUCUACGGACAAGGCAGGGGCGAUGGUAAGAUCCUCUCAAUGGACUCGGCGGGCAACACCGUCCUCUGCAACGCCGUCAGCGGCUCCAUCCAGCCCGUUCCCUGCCUUAACGAACCCAAGGGGGACAGCCCCGUCUCCUUGUCUAUCACUCGUGCGGACACCUCCCAUCAAGCCUUGUACGUUAUGGACAGGUUUCCCGCAGCUCGCAAUGCUUUCAUCUUCGAAGCCCUCAUCUACGGCAAGAAUAGCUGGGAGUGGCACCGGCUCCCUCGGCCGCCCUACGUCAACAACCCAGCCUAUAACUGCACAGCCAUCCAGUCCUACAUGUUGCUUGGUGAUGGCUCGACCAUCUGCAUAUCCUCCGCUGGGCCAAGCUCCAUCGGCACCUACUGCUUUGAUACGGUUAGCUGCACCUGGGAAAAGGUUGGCCGCUGGACCCUACAGGCUGAGCAUGUCCCUGAGCUUUGCAAUCUCUGGUUCGGCAUGGCCGGCAACAGCGCCAACAACUUGUGCACGCUGGACCUCUCCAACCUUGGCAGGGCUCCCAAGUUGCUGCAUAACUGGCAGGUCCUCGACACGCCUCAUGGAUGGGUGCAGAUAAGGGGUAGCCUGCUGUACCUUGGAGCCGGCAGGUUUUGCAUCUUCAAAAGUUUUGACACCGGGGAGCAAGACGCUCAGGGUAAUCCCAGCAACACAGCGGCUGUGCUUACCGGUGUGGAGGUAGUCCACAGAGGAUCAUCUGAACUCCAAAUGAUCAAGCACAAGUCAUUUAUCAGCUAUGCCGGCAUCCAGUGUGUUCUUUAAGUCACCAAGGCUUCGGUUAAUCCUCUGCCCAAGGUGAUGGGAGGGGAUUUAGUGGGGUUUUGGCUUGCGGAUUUCAUUCCGCUCAACCCCUUGCAAUCUCCAGCAAACUGAACCGAACAAGCCCUAAAGUUUAAGGGAUAAAAUAAGCUGUCAGCCUGUCCCUUUCUACUUUGCAGCAGCCAGAUCAACAUGGAUGUAACUUGUGCAUUCCUUCCUAUAUGUAUUACUCUUCCAAGUUUAUAAACUAGUAAAGUUGCCUGGCGGGCGACAUGUUUAAACAAUGAAUUAUUAUUCCUCUAUUAUCUCUAGAACUUUGUUGAAGUAUUUGUUGAGAAGCAUUCAAAGAUAUGUUAAAUCUGCUUGUCAGAGAAAAGAAGAUAUGAAAAUAUUUUUUUUGGCUCUUGUUCCUUUUACUAAUUUUACUUGCGUACUAACUCCUCAGAUCAUCAGGGCACUCUCUAGCGUCUCUUUGUUUUCUCUAUGAGAGAUGCAGUUCCAUGCAGCCUGCUAACAGUAGGGAAUCACAACGAAGCGAAUUGGUUGUCAGCAGAUAGGGCACGCCACUGGCGCCACCCCUGGUCCCCGCACCCCCCCGUAACUUGCUCGUCCCGGUGUGUGCUGCCUUUCUAUCUCCCUAGGCACCACCCCUGCUCCCUGCUCUAAGAAGCCGGCGGAGAAGGAGGACAAGAAUCCGGCGUGGGUUAGAUGAGGAGGAUAAGAAUCCGGCGAGAAAGGAGGUGAAAGUACAUGCCUGAUCCUCUCUCCCACCUAUGGUUAGAGAUUGCGCAUUAUUAGAAUGAAUUGAGGAUGAAGUAUUUUCGUUUGAUACUGCCUUCUGAUUCAAUGUGUUGUGUUCAGUUCUUUCCAAGUAGUGUUGAUUCUUCAAUGAAGUCACUGGGGUAUUUUGAUAACUAAAUAAAAACUAGCCACUCUCUUAGAAACAUCAGGAUCAAAUGAAAUGUCCUAGCCUGUUCUGUACUGGACCAGCGACUAAUUUGUAAAGCUUCUACAUAUGCUUGUGUACUAUUACCUCCGUUUGGAAACACAUGACGUGGUUUUAGUUCAAAUUUGAACUAAAACCAUGUCAUGUUUCAUGCGCGAUGACCCUAUUUUCUGCAGAUUCAAACAAGUGGCAGAUUCAAACAUGCCCGAUGGAGAACCAAGCAGAAGCAGAUUCAAACAAAGAAUGUAUUGCCCACUUGGAUACCGCAGCUUGGCAUGAAGUUCAACACCCUAGAUGAGGCUUGGAAAUUUUGGGGAUAUUACGGAGGAAGGAUGGGGUUCAGCAUCAGAAAAAGGUAUAAAAACAGAAGCAAAUUUGAUGGGAAAGUUACCUCCUGCAAAUAUGUUUGUUUCAAAGUGGGUAAAAAGGCAGUAGACAAAAGAUAUAAUGUUGUUAAGAAUCCAACAGCUGAGACUAGAAUUGACUGUAGAGUUCGUAUGACCCUUUCAAUAAAUCGUGAAGCUGGUAACUGGGCAAUAUCUGAUCUUUUUCUUGAACACAAUCACACACUUCAAUUGCCAGAAGCAUGCCACCUAUUGCUAUGAAAGAGAAUUAUCUCUGAAGUGCAGGCUUUUGAAAUUGAAUGUGCUGAUGACUCUGGUAUUGCACUAAAAGCUGCUCAUGAGUUAGCUAGUUGACGGGUUGACGGAUCAUCUAACCUGAGGUACACUCCUCGGGAUCACAAGAAUCAUUUGAGAAUAAAGCGCCAAAGGGACCUUAAGUAUGGUGAAGCGGGUAGCAUGUUGAAGUAUUUUCAAGACAGAGCUGCAUAGAAUCCAGCAUUCAAAUAUGUUUUACAGCUGGACUGUGAUGAAAAAUAACAAACAUUUUUUGGGCUGAUGCUAAGGUGAUAAUUGAUUAAGCUCAUUUUGGCGAUGUCAUGACCUUUGACACCACUUUUGGAGCAAAUAAGGAACAUAGGCCAUUUUGUGUGUUCGUUGGAUUCAAUCAUUUUAGAGAAACUGUUAUCUUCGGUGCUUCUCUCCUCUAUGAUGAGACAUUUGAAUCUUUCAAAUGCUUGUUUGAUUCUUUCUUAUUAGUACAUAGUGAGAAGCAUCCUAGAACCAUAUA